AUGACACAGACGCAUAAAAGUGCAGCUGUAUACCUCUGUCGAACAUGCGAGAUUUCGCAGUGGUCAUCUCUGAAUAUCUGCGAGUUCAUCUACGAUGCAACUUCAACAACUCCGAAGAUCAUUGUGAUGUUUCCUGCACACUUGAUCGAUAAUUCGCCAAAGCUGCGCUACUGCGAAAUAAUGGAGCUCAUCGCUUAUAUUCAUGCACACACAGCGGGACGAUCGCCACGUCCAAGGGCGAUACUUAAUGGAAAAACGAAAAGUAUCAAGUAUAUUCAGGAUCGAGAGAGAAACAAGGAUAAUGAUCAUCGUGGUCUUGGUGAAAUAUGCAGCACAGAAGCAGCAGUGGCAGCAAUGGCAUUUUACACACGGCACAUAUAUCGUCGCGCGCGAUCGUCAUCCUCCCGGCGGUAUAUAAACAACAACCCUCGAAGCGAUGCAGGCGAAGAUGAGAAUCGGCCACAUUUGCGUGGAUCCAGGUAA